AUGGGGAACAGUGCAGCGAGCAACGCCGGGAAGACAAUCGCCAAGGGGAUGAAGCUCCCCAACGUGACGCUGGACAAGGGCUUCCCCCCAAAGAAGAUGCCACUGACGGAAAUCAUCGGCGGCAAGAAGGUGGUCAUGGUUGGCCUGCCGGGGGCCAAGGGCAUCUCUGACGUGAUUGUGUACUGCGUGAAGGACUUAGUGGGAACUGUGAACGACUGUGCCGUGAUGGAUGCGUGGGCUAAAGACCAGAAGAUCGAGGGCUCGAUGUUGUCUUUCUAUGGUGACAGCGCCUCUCUCCUUACCAAAGAGAUUGGUCUUGAGCUUACGCACCCAGGGCCUAUGUCCGCUCUGGGCAAUCCCCGGUGCAAGAGGCACGCCAUGAUCGUGGACGACAUGGAGGUGAAAGAGAUUUUCGUGGCAGCCUCCGAGGAGGACCCAGCCGGUGACGCCAAGCCGGACGACACUUUGGUCGAUAAUGUGCUCAAGACGGAAGAACAUGUCCUCAGGGAAGGCGGCGGCUAUGCCGAGCGGCCAAGGUCGGUGCCGUGGCGGCCGUCGCCCUUCUUUUCGCAGGAGUCCAUCGCCGUGCCCCUCGCGGAGAGAGGUGAGAAUCCUAUAGCUGCAAUGCUGACAGAUGUUGACUCCGCCUGGGCAGAGUCGAGCGUAGAUCUCAUUGUCGGCGCCUCGCGUCAAAAAGCCAAGUACGAAGCACGAGAGGGCGGCUUCCUUGGCGCCAACAAGUUCAAGAAACAAACGCAGGAUUUCAACUACACCGAGCUGCAGAGCUUCCUGCCCAAGCUGUACAUGGCAAGACGGGCCUUCGAAAUUCAGAACAAGCAGCUGAAUGACAGCCGCGUACGUUCCGAAGCCGCCGGCACCUUGAACGUGGGCAGCAUGGGUAUCAAAGGCCUGAUGAAGUUUCUCCAAGAUGCCGCCCCAAAGGCGGUCAAGGAGAAAGAAAGUCAGGCUGCCUACACUGGUCGCUUGGUGGCAAUCGAUGCCAGUAUGUGCCUCUACCAGUUCUUGAUCAUGAUCAGAGAGAACAGGACGGGGACGUACAACAACCUCACGAACGAGGAGGGACAGGUGACGUCUCACAUCAUUGGAAUGCUGACGCGCACGAUCCGAUUGAUGGAGAAUGGCAUCAAGCCUGUUUACGUUUUCGACGGCAAGCCUCCUGAGAUGAAGCUGCUGGAGCUGGAGCAACGAAGGGCGAAGCGCCAAGAAGCUGAAGCCAACCUGCAGGCUGCCAUGGAGACUGGCGACUCCGAGGCGAUCUUGAAGAGCACCAAGGCCACGGUCAAAGUCACCAAGGAACAGAACGCGGAGACCAAGAAGCUCCUCAGGCUGAUGGGCGUCCCUGUGGUGGAGGCUCCCGGUGAAGCUGAAGCGACGUGCGCCGCGCUUUGCCGCGAUGGCAAGGUCUUCGCAGCCGCCACAGAGGAUGCGGACUGCUUGACGUUCGGCACGAAGCUUCUGAUCAGGAAUCUCAUGGCAGCCGAGUCGCAGAAAAAGACGAUUCUGGAGGUGAAUCUGGAGCUUGUGCUGGAACAGUUGAACAUCACGAUGGACCAGUUCAUUGACUUCUGCAUCCUUUGUGGUUGUGACUACUGUGACACCAUGAAAGGGGUGGGUCCCAGCACCGCGAUUAAGCUUCUACUGCAACAUGGAACCCUGGAGAAGGUCAUCGAAGCUCUUGGGCCCGAUAAGGUUCCAGCCAACUUCCGCUACGAGGCGGCACGGAUGUUCUUCAAAGAGUGCGAGGCCGUGGACACCUCCAAGUGCGAGUUCAACUUUGAGGAGCCAGACUUCGACGGUCUCACAAAGUUCUUGGUUGAGGACUGCUCCUUCAGCAAAGAGCGAGUGGAACGCUACGUGGAGCGCCUGAAGAACACAAAGAACCGGACCAAGCAGAGACCGCUUGACAUGUUCUUCGGCUCCUCAAAGGUGCAGAUCAAAGAGUCCGAGAAGUUUGACCCCAACAAAAAAAAGCCUGGCGCAAAGGCAACCGCCAAAGCAGGCACCAAGCGCCCCGGAGCUCCAGCAGGCGGUGCGGCGAAGCGCGGCAAGAAGUGGCUGGGCAUGAGAAUGCAUGAGAUUUCCGUGGGUUAUCAGGGUGAGAGUGGCGGAAGCGAGUGUGAGUCGCCAAUGAUCUUGGGGAAGCCUUGCUUCCGGGGUGAGUGCCGCUUCGUGCCUCCAUCAUUCCGCGAGGUGCCAGACCUGAGUGCAAAAUUCUUCGCACUGCAGAAGGUGGACGUCAACAACCCGGAGACAUACGCUCUUCUGCGAAACAUCAACCGCGAUGAGCCUGUGAGACGACUUCGGAAGGAGCUCUUCCGAGUUCAGCAGUGGGUCAAGUACACACAAGAAGACUACAAUGCGGCAGACACGGAGUACGACCGAGUUAGGCGAGCGCUUGAUGAGGAGGAUUCUCAGUUUCUGCUGCUAUCGAGGUUUGACGGUCGAGUCCCCACGGCUUCGGUCCGUACAGCUCGCCGCAACGUACAAGCCAUCAUCGAUGCGCUAGACGAUCUGUUGGCACUCGUGCCCGAGACUGACCAAGAGGCUGCGAAAGUGGUGGCCGAGAGCAGAGUACUCCCGACGGCAACGCAAGCCCGGCAAACUUGCUUGUUGACACGCAGUUCCUUGUAG